GAUACUGGGAGCUUUCUCAAGGAAAGAAACAUUGUACAGAGUGAGCAGAUCUGCCACCAGAAAUGAAUUGGGUUUAUACUGGAGGAGAACAUGGAGCCCAGAGUGGGGUGUUAAUAAGGGGAGUGGAAAUUAAGAGAAGUUUUUGCUGCUUCAAUUCCCCUCACUUCUCUCUGUUCCCACUAUUUCUUCUCCCUCUCUGUUCUAAAAAUCCCAUCUUUUGGCUUCUGUGCAACUCUUCUCCUCAGCUGCUCUCCUCUUUGCUCCCAAAGAUGCCUUCUUUGCCUCCAAAAGCUGCUCCUUUUCCUCUGUUUUCUCUCCUGCCAUGUUCUUCCUUCUUCUUCUUCUUCUUGUGCUGCUUCGCGGUGUACUUCUUCUCCUUCGCUUCCUCGGAGCCUAGCUCAGCCGACGUCGUCCUUCUCCUCAACAAGAUAAAGCCCGCGCUCCAAGGCUCCGCCACCAAUGCCGAGCUCUCCUCUUGGAACGUUUCACUCCCCCUCUGCCUCUGGCGUGGCCUCCGUUGGUCUGCCGGUGGCAGCGCCGCUAAGAUCCGGUGCGAGGACGACCUGGCCCUCCGCUCCAACCUUUCCCUCUCCUCCGACCCCUCACUCCACCUCCUCUCCAUCCGCCUCCCGGCCGCCGCCCUAGCCGGGUCCCUCCCGCCGGAACUCGGCCUGUUCUCCUACCUCGAGUCCCUCUACCUCGACGUCAACUCCCUCACUGGGCCCAUCCCCCUCGAGCUCGGGAACGCCCCCGCACUCUCCGAUCUCGACCUCGCCGGCAACGCCCUCGAGGGCGCCCUCCCGCCUUCCAUAUGGAACCUCUGCGACCGCCUUGUCUCGCUCCGGCUUCACGAAAACGACCUCUCCGGCUCCGUUCCUGACCCGGCGAUGCCCAGCGCGAGCUGCAACAAGCUUAAAGUCUUGGACUUGAGCAACAACCGGUUCCAAGGAUCUUUCCCUAAGUUCGUUUCCGAGUUCAGUGGCCUGGAGGAGCUCGAUCUUAGCAACAAUCGCUUCUCCGGUUCGAUCACGGACUCGCUCGCUGGCCUCGGAAAGCUGGUAAGGUUGAAUCUUUCGUACAACAACUUCACAGGGCCAUUGCCAGCGUCCUUCGGGGAGUCCAAGUUCAAGGCGGAGGCGUUCCAGGGGAACCCGGGGCUAUGUGGGCCGCCAUUGGGGAAAUGCGGGUCGGGCUCCGGACUGAGCUCCGGCGCGAUCGCGGGCAUCGUGAUUGGGUUGCUGGCCGGGGCGGUGGUCCUUGCGUCGGUGUCCAUUGGCUGGGUGCAGGGGAGGAAGAGGAGGAACAGGGCAAGGAAGGCCGACGAGGAGGCGGACAUGGUGUUCGAGGAGGACGGAAACGGCGGCGGAGACGGGAAACUGAUUGUGUUCCAGGGCGGCGAGCACCUCUCGCUCGAGGACGUGCUGAACGCCACCGGGCAGGUGAUGGAGAAGACGAACUAUGGAACGGUGUACAAGGCGAAGCUGGCCGACGGUGGCAACAUCUCGCUUCGUCUGCUGAGGGAAGGUAGCUGCAAGGACCAAGCGGAGUGCUUGCCGGUCAUCCGGCAGCUCGGGCGAGUUCGGCAUGAGAACCUGACAGCACUGCGAGCGUUCUACCAAGGGAAGCGAGGGGAGAAGCUCCUCAUCUACGACUACCACCCCAGUAGAUCCCUCCAUGACCUCCUCCAUGACACCAGAGCCGGAAAGCCGCUGCUGAACUGGCCUCGACGGCACAAGAUAGCCCUCGGGGUGGCGCGGGGGCUCGCGCACCUGCACACCGGCCUGGAGACGCCCAUCACGCACGGCAACGUGCGGUCCAAGAAUGUGCUCAUCGACGAGUACUUCGUGCCGAGGCUCACCGAGUUCGGGCUCGACAAGUUGAUGGUCCCGGCCGUGGCGGACGAGAUGGUGUCCGCCGCCAAGUGCGACGGCUACAAGGCGCCGGAGCUGCAGAAGAUGAAGAAGUGCGGUUCGAGGACGGACGUCUACGCCUUCGGGAUCCUGCUCCUGGAGAUCCUGAUGGGCAGGAAGCCAGGGAAGGGGACGGGCGAGGGGGCGGACCUGCCGGCGCUGGUGAAGGUGGCGGUGCUGGAGGAGACGACGAUGGAGGUGUUCGACGUGGAGGUGCUGAAGGGGACAAGGAAUCCGAUGGAGGACGGGCUGGUGCAGGCGCUGAAGCUGGCGAUGGGCUGCUGCGCACCGGCAGCGGCGGCCAGGCCGGACAUGAACGAGGUGGUGAAGCAGCUGGAGGAGAACAGGUCCCGGAACAGGUCCGCACUGUAUACGCCCACUGAUAGGAGCGAGAUCGGGACACCCUUCUGAGGCCAUGGGAGCCAAAUGGAGCUCUUCUUCCCGCUGGAUCAGCUGCCACAGUGAUCCUUCCUUCAACAGGCAUCGAUUCUCUGAUGGUUUGAUCUGCAUCAACAACUUGAUUCAUAGUCUGCAGAGUUCUGUUCUUCCCUUACAUUAGGAGAGGAUUGAUUUCACUAUGUGUUCAGUGUGCAGAAGUCGUGAAUCCUUUUGCAAUCAAGAGAACAAUUGAUGGUGGAAUUCUUCUUUUUUGCUUGA